GCAGUCUGAUCACAUCUUCCCAGGUACCCAGGGCGGGUUAUCACAGCAAACACUCUCCCACUUGGACCACUGCAGAGCUGUUGGAUCUGAUCAGUAUAUGGGGAGAGGAGGCUGUGCAGUCCCAGCUGCGCUUGAGCUGUAGGAAUUGGGAUACCUAUGGGAAGAUUUCUCAAGGCUUGUGUGAAAAGGGGAUGAUCAGGACACACUGCAGUGCAGAGUGAAGAUAAAGGAGCUGAGGCAGAUGUACCAUAAGGCAAGGGAGGCAAACCGUCGCUCAGGUGCUUCACCUAAGACCUGCCGGUUAUUAGCUGGAUGCUAUCCUCGGUGGUGACCCCAUCUCCAUUGCAAAGAGCCCCGUGGAUAGUUCAGGGGGUACAGAGGUGGCAGAAAGAGGACCAAGUUAUUGAUGAAGAGGUGGAGUUAGAUGAGGAUGUGCAGCUCCUGGUGGGGCAGGCAGCCAGGAACUGUUCUCCACCCCAGAGGUGUCUAGCCAGUCUGAGCAGCGAGCAAGAAGCAAGAGAUGAGACACCUGACCUGAAGAAGAGCUCUGUGUAAGCUUGAAAACUCUCUCUCUCCCCAUCAGAAAUUCAGAUAAAGGAAGUGGUGAGGCUGAAUAGCUGACAAGUUUUCUGAGAAGAGACCAUUUUGUACUUAGAGGAAGCACUUGCUCUCUUGGAUAUUCUUGCACCAUAAUUCAGAAAUAAAAAGCAAACCGGUUUAACAAAAGAUCUGGGCAUUUCUUAGGCAAGUGGAUUAUUGAAUUUGCUAAAAGUAGCCACAGGCAGGAAAUCUAUGGCUGCCUGUUUCAUUAAUACUACUGGCAUGAAAAUUCUGUAACUGCUUAGGAAAAAAGAGCUGAAAUGGAUUUACAAAACAUUCCCUAUCGCUCAGUGGUGGUCGCUUGGAGCCCAGAUGACCUGGCAGACUACUUCAAAAAAUUAAGGUAUAAGGACUGUGAAAAAGUCGUCAGAAAACACAGCAUAAGUGGACAAAGGUUUUUGAACAUGUCUGAAAAUGAUAUUCAGAAAUUUCCCAAACUGAGUGUGCCAAUUCUAAGUAAAUUAAGUCAAGAAAUCAAUAGGAACGAAGGAAGAAGUUUCUUCCCAAAACGGACCCAGACGCAGAAGUUUGCUGACAAUACAGGAUGCUGUCAAGAAGAGGAAGAAGGCUGGUCGUCAUUUGAAGAAGAUGAUGAUUAUGAAAGCCCAGAUGAGGAACAGGAACAAGACGCUGAUUAUGAAUCACCAACUGAUGAACCAGGACAUGACAGUGAUGAUUAUGAACCUCCUCCAUCCAACAAUGACGUAGCACCCCAUAAUGUCAUAUUUCCUGCCAAGUCAAUUCCAAGCAACACUGAGUACAUAGAUAGACCUGCAAAUGCUAGACCAUCUCCCCAGCCUCCUAUUCCACCACAGCGACCUGGCCCAUCCCCUGUACCAGCAUCAUUUGCGGGUAGAGGCACUCCUAUGUCACCUUACCCUCCUCCAUCAAGCAAUAAUGAUGUGAAUAGAGAUAAAAGUGCCAAGCCUUUAAAACCCCCAGCUCCUUCUAUAGACAGACGUACAAAACCCCCAUUGGAUCGUCCUGGGCCAACGUUUGAAAGAGACAGCCCAGCAGCAGGGAAGAGGCCAGUGUUUCCUGACAAGCCCAUGGCACCACAACUAAGAUCUCUUGGAGAACAGCUAGCAAAGAUACAGAAGCCUCCCAUACCACCAGCUGAUAAACCAGAAAGAGGCAAUCCAGUCCCUGGAAGGAAGCCACCACCCAUAAAGCAAGGUUGGGCACCAGAAAGAAGAUAUGAUGAAGAUGAUGAGUCAAUCCCCCAGAGACCAGCACCACAGCUGUCUUUGCCUCCCUUCAGCUCCAACACAUUUCCUUCAAGGUCUGUCAAGCCACCACCUAAACACAGUCCUUCAGGAUCCAACAGUAUGCCUGGAUCAUAUGCAGAAAGUACUAACAGCCUUUCUUCAAGCGGAUCACUACCACCACGCUUUCAGCUAGGUAACAUCAAUAGAACUCCUUCAAAAGGCCCAGCAGAUUGCAGACCUCCAUUACCAAUUCCUAACAGGCAGAUUGUGCAGCCACCAAGCAUGGAGGAAGACGAGUUUCAAGAUUCACUGGAUGAAGAAUGGUAUGUUGGAGACAUCAGCCGGCAGGAAGCAGAAGCAGCUCUUAGGAAUAUAAAUAAGGACGGGACAUUCUUGGUGAGAGACAGCUCAAGAAAAACUAAUACACAUCCAUACGUACUGAUGGUAUUAUACAAAGAUAAAGUAUAUAAUAUUCAGAUUCGUUACCAGGAGCAAAAUCAAGUUUACUUGUUAGGAACAGGCCUGAAAGGAAAAGAGGAUUUUUCUUCAGUGGCAGAAAUUAUUGAUUACUUUCAAAGAACGCCCCUUCUGCUGAUUGAUGGAAAAGACCGAGGUUCAAGAAACCAAUGCAAGUUAACAUAUGCUGCAGGAUCUACUUAGAAGAAAGCUUAAUGUCUGUGAUCGACGGUCUAUAAGAGCAUACAAACCUCAUGAUAUUUCCAUUCGUAUUCAGUGAACUGAAAUUAUGAAUUAAUUUUUUUUUAUUUUAAUGAAAAAAUAUAAUUCUCUAAUUUUAAAGUGUGUUUUAAAAAAACAGAUUUGCAAAAUACUUUCUACAAUGUAUUUAUUACUCUCCAUUGUUCAUACACUGCAUGAAAACUCUCAUGAUGUCAUUCUCCAACAUCCAGC